AUGACCGUCACGGCGCAGUCUGGUCACAUGUUGACCCACGAGGGCCGCACCUUCUAUUUUUGCAGUGCCAAGUGCCAAGGCAAGUUCGCUGCGAACCCGCUUCAAUACCUCGCGCCCAAGCCACCCGCGGAGGCCUCUUCAGCGGUGGCAGGCGCGAUCUACACCUGUCCGAUGCACCCUGAGAUUCGCCAGGACCAUCCGGGCAACUGUCCCAAGUGCGGCAUGACGCUCGAGCCCUUGCUGCCUGACCUUGAGGACGAUGACAACCCCGAGUUGCGCGAUUUCCAGCGCCGCUUCUGGUGGACGCUGCCGCUGACCGUGGUGGUCACGGUCUUGGCCAUGUUUGGUCAUCGGCUGCAGUGGUUUGAAUCCACGACCCAGACCUGGAUCGAACUGGUGCUGUCGGUCCCGAUUGUUCUGUGGGCGGGUUGGCCCUUCUUUUCGCGCGGCUGGCGGUCCGUUGUGAACCGCAGUCCCAACAUGUGGACCUUGAUUGGCCUGGGCACGGGUGCAGCUUUUCUCUACAGCGUGGUUGCCACGAUCACGCCGCAGGUGUUCCCGGACUCGUUCAUCUCCAUGGGCCGCGUCGCCGUUUACUUUGAAGCCGCCGCCGUGAUCAUCUCGCUGACGCUGCUGGGGCAGGUGCUCGAACUCAAGGCCCGUUCUCAGACCUCGGCGGCCAUCAAGUCGCUGCUUCGUCUGGCGCCAAAAACCGCCCGGCGCAUUCGCGAAGAUGGCACGGAAGAGGAUGUGCCGCUGACCCAUGUGCAUGUGGGCGACUUGCUGCGCGUGCGCCCUGGCGAAAAAGUACCGGUGGACGGCGAGGUGACGGAGGGGGGCAGUUCAAUCGAUGAAUCCAUGCUCACUGGCGAACCGAUGCCGGUCACCAAGCGCGUGGGUGACAAGGUGAUCGGCGCCACGCUGAACACGAGUGGUGCGCUGGUGAUGCGGUCGGAGCGCGUCGGCGCGUCCACCAUGCUGUCGCAGAUCGUGCAGAUGGUGGCCCAGGCCCAGCGUUCCAAAGCGCCGAUGCAGCGCAUGGCCGAUGUGGUGGCGGGUUACUUCGUCCUCGCUGUGGUGGGCAUUGCCUUGUUGACCUUCUUCGGCUGGGGUCUGUUCGGUCCCGAGCCAAGUUGGGUGUUCGGCCUGAUCAAUGCGGUGGCCGUGCUGAUCAUUGCCUGUCCCUGCGCGUUGGGCCUGGCCACACCCAUGUCCAUCAUGGUCGCCACCGGUCGCGGCGCCACACACGGCGUGUUGUUCCGGGACGCAGCGGCCAUCGAGAACAUGCGCAAGAUCGAUACCCUCAUCAUCGACAAGACCGGGACGCUCACAGAAGGCCGUCCAACGUUUGAGCGCGCCGUUCCCGCGCCCGGCUUUGAAGCCGAUGAGGUGCUGCGCCUGGCGGCCAGCCUGGACCAAGGCAGCGAACACCCUCUGGCCGAAACCAUCGUGCGCGCCGCCCGCGAGCGCGGCAUGUCGUUGGAAAAAUCCGAGAACUUCGAAUCCGGCUCGGGCAUCGGCGUUCGUGGGCAGGUGGCCGGACGUCAGCUGGCCCUGGGCAACACCACGCUGAUGGAGCAGAUCGGUGUAUCGGUUGGCGCUCUGGUGCCGCAGGCCGAGGCCUUGCGCGCAGAAGGUGCCAGCGUGAUGCACCUGGCUGUUGAUGGACAGCUGAUGGGCCUGUUGGCGGUGUCCGAUCCGGUCAAAGCCAGCACGCCGGAGGCCUUGGCCACCCUCAAGGCAUCCGGUCUGCGCAUCGUGAUGGCAACUGGCGACGGACUGACCACGGCCAAGGCUGUUGCAGCCCGCCUGGGCAUCGACGAAGUGCACGGCGAGGUCAAGCCGGCCGACAAGCUGCUGCUGGUGGAAAGGUUGCAAAAGGAAGGCCGCAUGGUGGCCAUGGCAGGUGACGGCAUCAAUGAUGCACCGGCCCUGGCCAAGGCCGAUGUGGGAGUGGCCAUGGGUACCGGGACUGACGUGGCGAUGAACAGUGCGCAGAUCACUUUGGUCAAGGGCGAUCUGCGCGGAAUUGCGAUUGCGCGCGCGUUGUCGGAAGCCACGGUAGGCAACAUGAAGCAAAACCUGGUGUUUGCCUUUUUGUACAACGCGCUGGGCAUUCCGAUUGCGGCCGGCGUGCUGUAUCCACUGACAGGCUGGCUGCUGUCGCCGUUGAUUGCCGCGCUAGCCAUGAGCUUGAGCUCGGUGUCGGUGAUUGGCAACGCACUGCGCUUGCGGCGUGGCAAGCAAUGA